AUGAACAACCUCGCCGUGAUCCCCGCCAUCCCCAUUCUCCUCACCAUCAUCAUCGGAAUCUUCCUUAUCCCUAUACUCAUACUAGCUGCCAUCCCCACUGGGAUCUUCCUCUUCUGCGUGGCCGUAUGCGGCGUCAUCGCGGUUGUCGUGUUCGGCCUGUUCUCGAUGUUCUUCAUCAGUCCAGUGAUCCUGGUGGUGGCGGCUAUAACGUGGUUCUUCGUUCUCACCUAUCGAGCGUGCAGAUUUGCCUUUACGGUUCUCUUUGGUCUUCUGGUUGAUAGGUUGUGGCCUCCUGGUCCUUUGCCGAAUGGAUGGGCUAACUGA